GCCAUGUCUUCUCACAAGACUUUCAGAAUCAAGAGGUUUCUGGCCAAGAAACAGAAGCAAAAUCGUCCCAUUCCCCAAUGGAUUCGUAUGAAAACUGGCAAUAAAAUCAGGUACAAUUCCAAGAGGAGACAUUGGAGAAGAACCAAGCUGGGUCUAUAAAGAUUGUACAUGAUAUAAUGGCACGCAUAUUUAUGCUGUAUCAAGGUCACUAUCAUCUUACCAUAUCAAACUGGAAAUGUCACU